AUGGAUUUUCCUGCAUCGAGUUGCUGUGCCUUCAUUUGUCCUCUUCACGACGGACAGACGCUGGAUCUGCGCAAGUUCCGCUUCCGGGACCAGCCUCGAGCUCUGCUCCGAGCGUCUGUUCUUGCGCAAAACGAGUCCGAAACUGGCGCGAGAGGCUCGUCAGAAGAGGCGAUUGACACGAUCGGAGCUCCUCCGGGUGUCUUUGAAGAAGGCCGAUAA